AGCUGGCUUGUGCUGCCUACCAUCAAGGUUAUUUAAUCCACGGGAACAAGUUGGUCUCUUAUCAGUCGGAGAUCUUAUCUUAUCAGUGGAGCAUCGGGAUUACGAAACCAAGUGAAAGUAAAGGCUAUGCAAGCAAACAAAGGAACAGUUUCAUAGUGCCCCAACAUGGUGACAGAAGAGAAAAACUAAUCUCAACUUGCCCCUCAUCCAUACCGUGUUAGACUUUGUUACCGUAUAUUUCUUGCUUAUCGCAACUAGAUUUUACAAAAAGUAACGACGUUGGUGAAAGUGUGAUUGCAAGACUUUUGAAUUGUUGCUGUGCUUUGGCUUACAGAGAAUAUAUCGCGUCGAGUACAAUUUAAUCCACGUGAACAUGGUAAAAAGAUAUAUAUGUAUGUAAUUUCUCCUUAGAGUGAUUGUGAGUGAUUUUAGAGAGAAUUUUGCAAGAUUAUUGUGAUUAGAAGUCGACGGGCUUUCGCAAAUAAAAUACUUAAACAUAAUGAUUUCAAGUGAAGAAAUACGUUAUAAAGUCCUUGAAAGGGGAAGUUGAUACAAAUCACAAAAGCUGAAACUCAUUUAUUUAAUCACUGAUGAUGACGGAAUAAGACGUAAAUAAUACACUAGUACUUAAGAUUAGUGCACUCGUUAGUUGGAAUCUGAUUUGGACGAGGAGAAAAUUGGAAGAUACGUAGCUUCACCUAUACAGAGAGACAUACAUACACAUGUCUCUGCCAUAAUGUGCGAUACAACAGGGGUAACAAGCAUAAGCCUUCGUAAUCCGGAUUUGUCCCCCAUGUCAGACGAUUCUAAUUCCCACAUUCACCACCAUCACCACCCUCAUGCCCCUUCGAGCACUAGCAAAUCCUCUAAACACGGAAGUGGAAGUAAUGAGGGACAGAGCAGUGGAAAACAGAAUCAAGUCGGUUCCGUCAUGCUUUUUGGAGUCCCGAUCGUCUCCCUGGUCAUGGAAGGAAAGGAGAGAUUGUGUCUUGCCCAGAUUUCCAGCACGCUGCUCAAAGACUUCAGCUACAAUGAAAUCCAUAACAGAAGAGUUGCGUUGGGCAUCACUUGUGUCCAGUGUACUCCAGUCCAAUUGGAGAUUUUGCGAAGGGCCGGUGCAAUGCCUGUGACGUCAAGACGAUGCGGGAUGAUCACCAGGCGAGAGGCAGAACGGUUAUGCCAGAGCUUUUUAGGUGAUCAUGCUCCUCCACAGCUCCCAGAAAAUUUUGCUUUCGAAGUGUACCAUCAGUGUGGGUGGGGUUGUCGUGGAUCGUUCGUCCCAUCCAGAUACAAUUCAUCCCGUGCAAAAUGUAUCCGGUGCACCUACUGCCAACUCUUCUUCUCUCCCAACAAAUUUAUUUUCCAUUCUCAUCGACUUCCGGAAUCUAGUUACGUGCAGCCGGACGCAGCGAAUUUUAAUUCAUGGAGAAGACAUCUCAAGCUAUGCGGUGAUCCUCCAGAAGACGAAAUCUCAGUCUCAUCAAAUACGCUGUCAAUGGACACUGCACAGAUUGUGCACGCGUGGGAGGACGUGAGAGCAAUGUUUAAUGGGGGAACAAGAAAACGGAUGUUGGCAGCACAUUCCUCCUCUUCCUCCCACCAUCACCAUCACCACACUUCAUCCCGUUCCGAUAAUCAGGUCCACCGACGUGGUGGUGGGGGAAAGCAGUCUUCAAGCAACUCUGGUACUUCCCCCAGCAGCGGAGGAGGACAAAACAACGGAUCCUCAAAACAGGCAGCCGUCACACCUCAGCAGCCACCUUCUCGACCUAAUCACCAUCAUAACCAUCAUAAUCAUCAUGCACCACCUACUAAUCAUAUUAAUGGUCCUACUCUGAACCCCUUAUCCUCAUCUCCUGGCUUUAUUAGCACAUUGCCCCUUCACCAUCCAACCUCCACCUCCUCGCCCUCCACAAAUCACACGUCAUCUUCGCCAAGCAAUUUCUUGUCGAGCACAAAUCCGCUGCUAAGUCCUUCGGGGAUCUGGAACCCUGGACUUUCUCCUGUUAGCAUGAAUUCUGGGAGACUCAACGCAGGUUCCCAACUAUCUCACCUUUCACCCUUUCACCCCCUGUCCAUCCCCUGGCUUCGACCCAUGUUUCCCUUUCCGCACCCAUGCCACUUGCUGGCAGCUGAGGCUGCUGGAAUAUCUGUUUCAGAGAAAUUAGCAGUGGCUUCGCUAUCCGCUGGGGCAGGACGAUCGACAAAUCAGUCUGCUUUCAAACCAGUAUCCCAUCGUUCCAACGCGGAGCACUUAUUUUCCUGGUUGAAUAACAACAAUUCAGGAGUUACGGGAGCGAGUGGAGGACCCACCAGCAGUAUUAUUCUUGGAGGAACAAGCAGUCUACCUGAAGACCUCUCCACUACUUCGAGUCACAACAACCAGGGUCAUGACCAUUCUCAUCAUCCCAUCCUUGGUCAUCUCAACCGAGAACAGCGCAACAGCUCUCCACAGGAACGACCCUCAGUUUCGAGUACAAAUGAUGAAAAUGAUCAUCCCAAAAUCUCAUUCCUUAACACCAAACGAGGAGGAACUAUCAAUAGUUCCAGCCGACAUCAGAUUGCUCUCUUGUCUUCGAAUGCUGCUAAAAACGACAGCGAUGACGAAGAAAACGUAGACAUUGAAGAAGUCGAGGAGGAAGAGGAAUAUUCCUCCACGUCCUUGAUUUGGGUCACAUCCACAAAUAACAACAAUAACAACAACAGCGUCAACAUUAACAUAAGCCGUAAAAAGUUGUCUGUCGACUCCAACUCUGGAGAAGAAAGUUGUUCGGGGGAAGAUGAGAAAUUUGGUGGUUCUCCCCCUAAGAGGAAACGUUUGUGGGAUUUUGAUGCGUCUGAUAAAGUGAAAAAGGCAGAAUUGGCAGUUUGCUGCGAUGAAACGACAAGAACUAGUGGAUUUGAGUCAAAGGAGUAGUCCACGUUAUGCAAAAAAACAGAAUAAUUAGGAAUAUCUAGCCAUACAUACUUACGAUUAGCGGAAUCGUGAUUAAACUCAAUUUCCUCAGCUUUCUCAUUAUAUGAUGAGAGAAAAUGAGAUUCGAUAAUGUCACGACCUCCUCCUUCCUUAUCAGCCGUAACAACUUGAAUGUUUGAAUUGACUUUACCUUAUUAACUCUUUAUCACUAAAUGCAUACAUACAUAUGCUGCAUAAUCUAAAGCCUAUGCUUUAAUUAACGAGGAAAGGUUAGCUGAGUGAAGGAGGCAGGAUCAACUGCCCACUUUCUUUUCAUAAGAGUUAAUUAUCCGUAGAAAAUGUCUUCGGGUCGUUCAUCCGUUACAAUCGAUUCCAUUGUUUGUUCCGUUAUUUUGACACAAAUUACACUCACAAAGUUACAAAUAUUUAUUAUAUCUACAGGUGAAUGGCUGCGAUAUGCCGUCAUCCUUGAAAUUGAGCAAAGUAUAUCAUAAUCUAUUUGUCAUUCUUAUUGUGAUUACGUAGAGAAAGCAUCCAGUUUGAAUAGAUUAAGUCUACUUAAUUUUAUUUCUCAGCCAAGUAAACUUAAUUUGGCAGCCCCAAAUUAAUUUAUCACUCGACUAAGCACGACGAGAGAGGAGAUGCGUUCACCGUGAAUGCAUUUUUUUUCUCAUAUAAAGUAUAAAUUGAAUCAGCAAGGAAGGAA